AUGGCCACUCCGAGCGCACAGCAGCAGCACCAGGAUUUUUUCAGAUCGGUGAGCAGCGACUCCACCACCUACAUGAUGGUCCCGGCCGGCGGGCCGAGCGGGACGAGGCGCCGGGAAGCGCCGUCUAAGAUGUGGGUGGCGAUGGUGGUGAUAGUGGUGGUGGUUCUGCAGAUUGCAUCCACCACGGGGCUCUUUCUCUACCUGAACAUGUCUAUAUCGCAGGUGCGAAGCCAGGGUGUCACAGAGGAGCUGAAGUGUCUGAGUUUACUGAACGCUCUGGAUAAGGACCAGGACAUCCCCGACCAGCUGGCCCAGCUCUUCGGAGAGCCCUGCAUCAAACUGGCCGAAGGCAUCAAAGCAUACAUCUCCAAGGUGACAGAGAACAUCAUCUCCAAACAAACCUUCAUAGAGGCGAGAACCAUGCCUCGCUCUUUCAACAACUCGGGGUCAAAGUUCAUGACCUCGGUGGCCCAGAGACCAUCUGCCCACUUGACCCUCAGAGACACCAGCACUCAAGGGUUCGCUCCCUACCCGAUCCCCACACCAGGCCUACACCAGUCCUGUCGCCAUGUUGUCCGUACAUGGGCCAAUCAGAGCUUUGGAGCUCACCUUCACAACAUGACCCUGUCCAAUGGGAAGCUGCGAGUGCCUCAGGAUGGGCGCUACUACUUGUACUCACAGGUGUAUUUCCGUUAUCCGUCCCCAGCAGCCAGUGACGGAGACCAGCGCAGCGUCAGCCACCAGCUGGUGCAGUGUGUCUACAAGAAAACUUCCUACCCAAGCCCAAUACAGCUCCUGAAAGGGGUGGGAACAAAGUGCUGGGCUCCAGACGCUGAGUACGCCCUCCACUCUGUCUACCAGGGAGGACUGUUUGAGCUGAGGGCCGGCGAUGAGCUCUUCGUCUCCGUCUCUUCCCCAACCAUGGUCAAUGCAGACGAUUCCUCCAGCUACUUUGGCGCCUUCCGCCUGGACCUCUGAGGGGAAACGAUGCAAAAAAGAAGGAACAGAUGGAACGAUGGAUGGACAAAUGGGUGGGCUGGAGAGGAUGAGUUAGGGGCCUUUUGAAUAUCCGUUGAUUGGGAAAGGGUCAUUUAGAGUGAGCUGUGGAAUAGUGGCUUGGAUCCUGGAUCCUCAAUGUUUGCUUGGACGGAUACAUUGAAGGAUUGAAGGAUUGAAGGAUGAAAUGAUUGGAUUUUGAAGGCUUCACUUGAGUGAAUGCAACAAGACCAUGGGGUGAAAGGGAAAAUAAAGAGUGGAUCUGCCUUCCUAACUUUCCAUUAAGCAAAACUCAACCGCAGAGAGCAAGAUAUACAAAGAUACAUGUGCAAUCACGAAAAAAUAAAUGUAAGGAUUUUGAUUUUCUGUUGGUUUUCUGAGGAAGGAAAUUGCCUUUUGGAUGUCAAAAAGAGUAAAACACAGAAAACCAAUAAAAACAUUGAGGUCUUCCUGUUAGACGUGAAUUGCCCCAAUAAUUUGGCCACCCUGCUGCCUGUAUCCUGAAUUAACACAUGAAUCUCGGUGUAUCUCGCCCUUCAUCAGCCUUUUUACAGGGAGCAAUCGGACCCUCGGAUUUGGAUUCCAGACCGAAGAAUGUACACUCAAUAAAAAAUCCUCUGCAUCAAAGAUCUAAGGAAGGAAAGGCUAAUGAUGACAGAAGAAAAGCAAAUGAUCAAACCAAAGCAAACUUUGUUUUUUAAGUGUGCCUUGAGAGAACUGUAUAUAUGAAUGGCUGAGAAUGAGAUUUACACAAUGAACUGUGGUGAUUUUAAAAAGUAAUUCAAAUGUUGUUUUUUUUACCUUGUCUGGACUUAAAACCACUUGGAUUUUGCUGAGGACUAUCUAUCUGCAACACAAAAACUGUGGAGUUUAUGCAAGGACGUUUUUAAGAGGUGGAUAAGAGUUGCUUCUUAGACUAUGAGAAGCAGCAUAGAGUGCCUUUUGAACAAAAUGAGUCUGCAAGGGAAGGACGAAUGAAAACAAGGAGGAGGGAGAGUGAGAAAUCUUGUAAAUGCCAAUAAGAUUGAGCCCAGCAGAAGAAGAUAAAAGGAAAGAGAGAGAAAGAGGCUGAGGUUGGUAUGCAGCCCAACCAGUCUGUGUUGUUGAUCUCUGUUCUCUCUCUUUCACUUCCCUCUCGGUCUUUCUCCUUUUUUUUUCAUGUAAAGAAUUUGAUCCAUCUUGUCCACCCUGUGAAGCUGCAUUCAGUUUUAUUUUUAACAUUAAGCAACCAACCAGAAAACAACAGCCCUACAAUAUGGAAACAAGAUGCCAAGACACACAUGCAAAUAGGAUGGUUCACAGAGCAUGGUUUAAAUUGAUUUGAUCAAAAUAAAAUAAAAGGUCCAGGUUUUUUAGAAGUCUAGGUAACAUGAAACAUUUCUAGCAAUAUUUUACAAGCAUUGUUUGAACAAGUUGGUAGGGCCUGCUUCACAUUGAAAUAUACUCCAUGAAAUGUUGUUAAAACUUCAGACAUCUUGUUGCAAAUCAACAAAACCAGAUGCUUUCAUCACAAACUAAACAAUUAAAAUUGGGGCUGAAGAAUUGAUGGUACACAAAAAUAGCAAAAUUACAUGUGGCUUUCUGACCUGAAAUUGGAGCACUAAAGACGUAGUUUGAUUUUGGGAAAGAGGUUCAUUUUCUUUUUUGAUACCACUAUCAUGUCCGCCUAAGACAGUUAGCUUAGCUUAGCACAAAGACUGGAAGCAGGAGGAAACAGCUAGCCAGUAUGAGGAUUUAGUCACUUUUGGACAAAGCCAGGCCAGCAGUUCCUCCUUGUUUCCACUCUUUAUGCUAAGCUAAGCUAACUGUCUCCUGGCUGUAGUGUCAUAUUUAUUGUGUUUUAUAUGGUAAGUAAUAAGAGUGGUAAUAUCAAACUAUUCCUUUUUAUAUAACCACCAGCCACUUAUCAGAUGUGUUUUAACAUUAUAGUAAUAGUUAACAAAAAAAAAGUUAGCUGCUAACAAGGAAACAAAACUAUGUUGGCGUAUUAGUGCUGAAACUGUCAAAAACAUGGUCAGUUUGUACUUUCAGACAGGCCAACAGCUGUUGACCAAGAGAUGAAUGCCUCCAAUGUGGCUGCUGAUACACACACAAAACCACAUUCAAAAACAUUUUGCAAAACAGAACAGUUAAUCAAGCGAUCACAGAAAGGGUGAAUUUUAGGAAAACACACGCACAUAAAGGGAGGGAGCGAGAGAGACUUUUUGCAGACAUAAACCAUGCGCUGACUAGCACAGACUCAACCCCUACAUGCUUUUUUUAUCUGGCACGCACAUGCACAUGUGUGCACAUAAAGUGCAUACACACAUAUCACCUCGUACAACAUCCAGGCUUAGUCUGUGCUCCACAGACACACACAUCAUCUAGUCUCAAAUCCAAUGCAAAGACACAAACACACACUCUGACACACACACUCAUUUAUCCACACUGUCUCGCCUCUCUGUGCCAUCUGGUAGUUGUCAGUGAUCAGUUGGAGGCGAGGAGGGAGUGUGUGUGUGUGUGUGUUUGUGUGCGUGCACUUACAGGACGUGUUUGUUCAAAGGGCUUGGUUCACAUGGACAAUUCAUAAAACGAGGUAAAACAAACGUAAACACACACACAAACACAACCUUCAAUUUGUUUUCCCAGAGAAGACAGGAUUUGUACGCUUACACAGACACACUUUUCAUAAUGACAUUCGGGUAUCUUUCUGACACUGUGGUUCACAUAUACCUGAGUAUACACUCUAUGCAAGGUUACGUUAUUCUAUGGGCAAUGGGUAAGCUAUGAAAACAUCCUGUUUUUCUUUCUGUGCAAAGCACAAAAUUGAGGGCAAAUAUAUUUUUAUGUUUGAUUGCUGUUUUAGCUGCUUUUUUGCUCGGUGGCAUGCACCUGGUCACGUUUCUGUUGGGCUUCUUCUCAGGCUCCAUCACACCACACAUACCAAGCUCACGCUGCCCAUGUGAACUUGAGCCUAAGUCCGUUUAUUAUCCGGGAUAAACUUCAACCAACCAUAAAACCUUUUCUUUCUUGCACUCCAACCAAAGCAAACAGUUCACUGAAACAGGUCCAGCGAUGAUGAUAAUGCAAAAUACACAUGCAUAUUAUAAAAUCAUAAAUCCCUGGGCCAGCUGGGAAAACGUAGGAUUUGAAUGUGUAUGAGGUGUGUUUUGUACUGGACAGUUUUGUAGCUGUGAACAUGUGUAGCACAUUGUUGCUAAGAAAAUAAACAAUUAUUUGAACUUUC